UUGUCUUUCCAUCAAACCUUGAUUGAAGUUCCUGCUUUACCAUCAAAUUCAAGAAUACACAUUUACAUCUUUUUGAAGUUUGAGUCCUUUAACUUUGAUGUGAUUUUCUUGGUGUCCCUUUCCACCGUAGAAAAGCCCUAGCUAAGUUACGGUUUCGAAAACCGAAUUGCUCUGUCAGUCGGAGCUCUCUUGGAGUCAACCGGAUACGUUACUGGAUUCGGGUUUCAAGAUCGAUGGUUAUCGGAACCCUAGUUUCUCUCUGUUUUAUUUGUGAUAAAAGACUGAUCUUUAAAGGAAGGUAAACCGGACGUCGUGUUUGGUUUGUCGGCGUCAGGUUUUCUGCAUGGAUUCGGGUCUAAAUGAUCUGAACUCAAGUGAAAGUAUAAGGUGGAACGGCGCUAUUAAAGUCUAUACUAGGAGGGCCAAAAGAAAGGCCGCUAUUCUCACCGCCGAUGAUGACGGAACAACAAAGGCCGAAACCACUGCCACGGAGGGGGCACCGCAGACCCAUUCCGAAAUUGAUACCCAGAAGGAGUGUGUUGAUGUUCAUGAGCCGAGUAGGCCAUCGGUUCAUUGUGUGGGGACUGAGUUAACCAAGCCUGUAAUCAGUAGGGUUGAAGAUAGGGUUAGGAUUCAUUUUUCAGGAGCAAGGCCUCUUGAUGAGUUCAGGGACCUGAUCAAGAAAGUAGAGACUGAACUCAAUCAGGUCAGGGAUUUAGUAAAGAAACUGGAAACAACUGAACUUCAGCUAUCUUUGCCAGACAAUGGUGUUGAUGUUCGAAAUAGAGAUACUUUUUGUGCUGUUGCUGCUGAUUCUGGUGCUCUUGGCCGGCCACAGUUUCCCCCGAAUUCUGCAGUAAAAAAUAGAGCAUUGGUGAGAGUGAAUUCAGAGGCAAGUUCAGUGAGGCAUCAAGAUUUUAGGCACUUUAGGCCACCAAGUAUUUCAGUUAUUGAAAACAAUAUUGGGGUUGGUGAGCUUGUGGAGAAGGAAAGGAGAACCCCAAGGGCUAAUCAGUUUUAUACAAAUGCGGAGUUCGUGCUUGGGAAUGGUCGGUUUCCUUCUGAAAGCAAUAAAAAGUUCAAGCCUAAUGGUGCCAGGAAGAAGAGUGGUGGAGAGCCAGAUGAUGGUUUCAGUUUGAGUGUUGGACCUUAUAACAUUAAAAAGAAUAAUAGUAAUGUGUUUAGGAAUUGCAGCUCACUGCUUCAGACGUUGAUGAGUCACACUUAUGGAUGGGUGUUUAAUAAUCCAGUGGAUGCUGAAGCUCUUGGCCUACGUGAUUAUCAUGAUAUUAUUAAGCAUCCUAUGGAUUUUGGCACAGUUAAGACUAGGCUCUCCCAGAACUUUUACAAAUCUCCAUUGGAGUUUGCACAUGAUGUCAGACUUGUGUUUCGGAAUGCCAUGACAUAUAACCCAAAAGGCCAGGAUGUUCACAUCAUGGCAGACCAGAUGUCUAAGAUUUUUGAAGAGAAGUGGGUAGCUAUAGAGGCUGAUUAUAAUCCAAGUUGGAGCCUUCAAUUUUGUCAUGACUCAGAUGCCAAAAUGAAGCCCUCUUUUUCUUGUAGAACACCAGUUCUCGAGAAACCGAAAGCUAAUGACUUGAACAAAAGGGACAUGACAUUUGAGGAGAAACAGAAACUUGGCACGGAUCUUCAGACUUUACCUCCGGAAAGGCUUGAUGAGAUUGUUCAGAUUGUCAAGAGAAACUCUUCACUUGGACAGCAAAGCGACGAGAUUGAAUUAGAUAUUGACUCUGUUGAUGCAGAAACACUUUGGGAGCUUGAUAGGCUUGUCACCAGUUGUAAGAAAAAUUUUGGCAAAAAUUGGAAAGAAGUCAAAACUAUACAAGCUAGACCUGCUCAGGCUGCUCUUGAAAUGGUAAGGCUUCCUUGCCCUGUGGUUGACCAUUCACCGAAAAAAGACAGAAGUGGUGAUAAAUUGGUGGAUAAUGCAACUAGGUCUAGUAGUUCAAGCAGUUCCAGCAGUGACUCUGGAUCAUCAUCAAGUGAUUCUGAUAGUGAUAGCUCCUCUGCAUCUAAAGCAGAUGCGGUACAUUCACCUAAGAGUUGACUGAGCUCCUGAUUGAACAGAGAAAGCACUAGCUCUUUUUUGUAAAUAGCAUGGUUGGUUUGGAAUGAAUCUGCCUACAGGUGGGUCGGCUGCUGCUCUAUUCAGAAACUCAGGCCGGGUUGACUUUUUGGAGAGCUGCACGGCACCACUCAGCCGUCCUUGCCACCAUAGAAUUGGGAUCUAUGCUUGAUGAUGUGGUGUUUUGCUUAAAGAAAUUUGUGCAGAUGAAUAUUUAAUUAGCUAGCUUGCAGAUAACUAGGUUUGCCUCUAGAAUCUUGAUAAAAAUGCGUUUUUGUAUGUAGCCUCUAGAAAUUGUUUGCUGUUUAGUUGAAAUUUUCAAUAUAUUUAGAGCACAAGGCCUAGGCUUGUACCUAAACUCAGUUUGCAUGAUGGGUACAAAUUUCAAAUAAUGCCCUCCCAGACAAAUGCUUUCCCAGUUUCCCAAAUCCGAUCAUCACUAAGUUC